AUGGAUGAUGAUUUUGACAUGUGUCAAGAUGACAAGUGGUUUGAACAAGCCUUUACUUACAUGAACCAACAUGCUAUUCCAUUACCUAAUGACAAGAAACUUCAUUUUUAUGGCCUCUUUAAACAAGCAACGAUUGGCGAUUGCAAUAUAGACAAGCCAGGUUUAUUUGAUUUUGUAGCACGCGCCAAGUAUGAUGCUUGGCAAGGCUUCAAGGGACUCAGUUUCAGAGAAGCGCGUAAUCAAUACAUUGAGAGUGUAGAAGAUCUAAAAGUAGGCUGGUCGCGUCAAGGUGAAUAUGAAUAUAUACCCUCUGCAGAAGAGUUGAAAGAAGCAGAUGGUAUUCGUACUGUGGCUGUCAGCGCCAUGGCUUACCAAGAAGAAGAAGAAUCUGAAGAUAUCUUUGGCUACACACGUCUGAAUGAUACGGACAAACUUGCAGCGUACUUGAAAGUACAUCCAGAGGCUAUUCACUUAAAAGAAGAAGGACUUCUUGCUCUUCAUAUUGCUGCUGAUCGAGGAUACAAAGAUGCACUCCAGGUAUUACUGAAUGCUGGUGCUGAUAUCAAUCAAAAGACAGACGACCAAGACACUGCUUUACAUUUAGCUUGCAUUGCUGAGCAUCUAGAGACAGCUCAACAGUUGAUCUCUGAUGGGUGCGAUACAACCCUGAAAGACUCAGAAGGCAAGACAGCGUUUGAACAAGCAGACAUUGGUUUUGUUAGACAAUUAGGUUUAUUAUGA